GCUCGGUUGCGCCUGUGUGUAAAUCCACAGGCUGGAGGGAGGCAGCUGUUCUCCUACCAGCUCCCACAGACACAUCCGCGGCUCCACCAUCCUCCGACCAGAGAGAAAACCUGAGGAAGAAGAGGAAGAAGAUGAUGAUGAGUCUGUCGACAGCCUCAUAAACACAGGAAGCUGAGAAUAUAUUUUUGAACAAAGUUAAAUCAAUGGUACAGAAAAGUAGUAUGUCCAGGACGCCUUCCACCUCAACCCAGGAGAUCCAAAUGGACAUGUUCGAUCAUCAACCACACACACAGGGAAAGUACGCCAAGAGGAAGGGCAGAUUCAAGCGGUCGGACGGAAGCACCUCCUCCGACACCACCUCCAACAGCUUUGUCCGACAGGGCUCGGCAGACUCCUACACCAGCCGGCCGUCGGACUCAGACGUGUCCCUGGAGGAGGACCCAGAGGCUCUGAGGAAGGAGGCUGACAGACAGGCGCUCGCCACACUCGAGAAAGCAAAGACCAAACCAGUGGCGUUUGCUGUGCGGACGAAUGUGGGUUACAACCCCGGCCCCAGCGAUGACGUUCCUGUGCAGGGCAUGGCCAUAUCGUUUGAAGCCAAAGACUUCCUGCACAUUAAAGAGAAGUACAACAACGACUGGUGGAUCGGGCGUCUGGUGAAGGAAGGUUGUGAGGUGGGCUUCAUCCCCAGCCCGGUCAAACUGGAGAACACCCGACUGCUGCAGGAGCAAAGGAUGAGACAGAACCGACUUAGCUCCAGUAAAUCUGGAGGAAGCUCCAGUCUGGACGUUGCCACGGGAACCCGCAGGCCCACCCCUCCUGGCACAGCUAACAUGGACAUGUCCACUGUGACCUAUGACGUUGACCCCCUCGACCUGGACGCGGAGGAGCCCCCUGAGUCCCAGGGUGACCCUCGCUCCCCCAAGGGCAUGUCAGGCAGCGUAACGUCCCCUCAGGCCAACACCCACCGACUGCCCUUCUUUAAGAAGAUGGAGCAUGUCCCCCCGUACGACGUGGUUCCCUCCAUGAGACCCAUCAUCCUGGUCGGGCCGUCACUCAAAGGCUACGAGGUGACAGACAUGAUGCAGAAAGCGCUCUUUGACUUUCUGAAACACAAGUUCGAGGGCAGGAUAUCCAUCACACGGGUGACGGCCGACAUCUCCCUGGCCAAACGCUCCGUCCUCAACAACCCCAGCAAACACACCAUCAUCGAGCGCUCCAGUACCCGCUCCAGCCUGGACGUACUGGCGGAGGUGCAGAGUGAGAUCGAGCGUAUCUUCGAGCUGGCCCGCACCCUGCAGCUGGUCGCUCUGGAUGCAGACACCAUCAACCACCCCUCCCAGCUGGCCAAGACCUCCCUCGCCCCCAUCAUUGUCUAUAUCAAAAUAGCCUCACCUAAGGUUCUCCAGAGACUCAUUAAAUCCAGAGGGAAGUCUCAGGCUAAAUACCUAACUGUGCAGACGGCGGCGGCAGACAAACUGGCUCAGUGCCCUCCUGAGCUGUUUGACAUCAUCCUGGACGAGAACCAGCUGGAAGACGCCUGCGAGCACCUGGCCGACUACCUGGAGGCUUACUGGAAGGCGACGCACCCCCCGAGCAGCAACCCGCCCAACCCCCUGCUCAACCGCACCAUGGCCACGGCAGCCCUGGCCGCCUCCCCCGAGCCCGUCUCCAACCUGCAGGGGUCGUACCUGGGCCGUGGCGAGCAGAAACGAGAAGGGCCCUUGACAGAUUGCGGCGGGAGCGGCACUCUACAUGACUUUCAGACAGACCUGGGAGGAAAGCCUCAGCAGCAGCAGCAGCAGCAGACGUACCUGCGCUCCUCCCGUGGCCAGCCACGAGGAAGCAGCGGCCGAGGCCUUUCACGGCAGGACACCUUCGACUCCGAGACCCAGGGCAGCCGGGACUCGGCCUACACUGAGGCCGGUGACUCCUGCAUGGACAUUGAGACUGACCCCUACGAGGAGCCCGAGCCUUACCGAGGCAGCGGGGGCAGCCGCCUGCACCUAGCGCAGCAUCACGGCAGACAGGCGUCCUGGGAGGACGAGGGUGCGGAGCCGGACCAGGAGAACCUCAACCACCCUCCGAUCCCGAGCCAGAUGCAGACACACGGACGAGCCAAGCUGAAGGAGCGUUACUGCCAGGACCCUGUGGACACAGGGGCCAACAUGAGCCACAACAAGAAUCAGGACGAGUGGGGGAGGGACGUCUACAUCCGCUGAACAUGCAUCACACCACAGAGGCUAGAGAGCUCCUGGACAGACUGAGGAUGGAGGGAGGAAUGUGGGGGCCAUGCCCGUCAGGCUAAGAAAUUAAUCUGUUUACAUCCCUGUACAAUGUAUAUGAAUACAUCAACUGCCAGAUCCCAUCAGAUUCUCAUCACCUUCUUCUUGCGAUUCUAUUUCUCUAUGUUUAGAAAAAUAAUAUUGGUCUGUUUCUUUUGUUUCUUAUGUUAAUACUGCAUGAAUAUCAUGGAUUUCUAUACUGACAGCACGAGGACAGUAAGUGUUACGAUUGUGAAUCUAUGAUUGUGGUCUGUAUGACUCAAUCCCUCCUUCAGUUGUAGAGUGUGAAGGCUGGUAGAGCCAUCGUCUGUCGUGUCUGUCCUCUGCAGUCUUAAACAGGGUCUAGCGUCACCGUCCCCCAUGUGUGUACAGAGUCAGGGUUCUUCUUUACCUUAAUCGCACUCUGUGCUUGUGGAUGUCAGGGUUUCCUCCCAUUAUGAGAUCCAGAGGUCACAAGUCUCACACCUCCACUUUCUUAUCACCUAGACCUUAAAAAUAAAUGAGCUGGUGGAGAAGUUGCCAUAUUUUAUCGAGAACACGUGUUGCUACACUCAUGUCGGCUUGAUAAUGACAAAGAACAUGCUCCAAAGAUGUUUACUUCUUCCCCCCACCUGGUUCAGCCACUGUACCCGACUGUACACGUCUGACCCAGUCCUCCCAUCACAGUUUUUCUAACGCGGUGCAGACUCAAAGCGGCGCUGCAGUCGUGGUCGUGUGAAUGAAGUGUCCUGCCUUAGUCGCUCUCCCACCCUUAAUCGAGAAAUCUCCAAACACAAGUGCCGGAUUGUCUCACCAAGCCAUGUCCACCACUGCCACGGUGGGAUGUCUUAACCUCUCGUUACACUCGUUUUCAUAUCAUACCCGUGUCUCUUUGUGUCCCGCCCCCACACCGUCGUUUCAGCACGUCACAUCUCGUUUUCUUUGCGUCAGCUUUGUCGUCUGUUUUUCAGGGCUAAUGGUUAUACAAAAAAAAAAAAAGUACUUGUGUGUGGCUGAUCAACUUCCACCCAAACAGCUAGCUUGUCGGAUAUUAAAUACCACUUUCUUCUUACUUUUGAUUUCUGACUGAAUUAUUGUUUUUGUUUUUUUCCUGUGGACAUUUGCAAAUUUUUGUUCCAACUCUUGUGAGGUAGUGAGAGGAGUAUAAAUUGGGAUCGGGGAGGGGGGGGUUAGGAUCAGCUUUGGUCUUUACUCAUUUAUCUAUAAUGAAGAAUCCAUGAAUGUGUUUGGCGGGCUGCCUCGGCCCGCCCGUCUACAGUCGAAUAAAUAGAUAUUAAAUAAUGAUCAGUAAAUAAUGUUAUUGUUGCGUUAUCGCAAUUGUUAAAAAUAUGAUAUAACAUGUAUCAUUGGUGCCUGAUUGUAGCUGCAUUUUGCUUUUUCUGCCUUUCAUUUUUAAUCUGUGGAUAAAUUCGUAUUUUAAUUAAAAAUUUAACC